AUGACUUCGCGUGGAGCACGAACGAAGCAGCGACUACAGUACGACGAUCCCGACGCAGUCGCAAAGGCCGAGAAGCGAGCUGUGUUGAAGCGCGCACCAGCUCAGCGUCUGGUGCCGCUCUUUGCACACUUGCCGCAGUUGGAGCCGCUACGGCCCGACGCCACACAAGUCAGCUUUGUGGAAACUAGCGGCUUGCAUCCGAGGGUGGUGAGACUCGGCCAGCAGCUCGCGCACGGUGUGGUACAGGGCGGCUCUGCGAGAGUCGUUGCGCUGCUGUUGGCACUACGCGAAAUGAUCGCGGACUUUGAACCGACGAACUCGUCAAGUACACUACCACCAGCGACGGACGCAGCAGCUUCUAUGCCAGUGAAAGUGUCGGAUUCUGGAACAGAGAGUAUCACCGAGACCAGGCGAGAGCUCGAGCGUGCGCUUAAUCGCCAUAUUCAGUUUCUCGUGGACUCGCGACCGCUUUCAAUCGCCAUGGGCAACGCUGUGCGCUUUGUGAAGAGUCGUUUGGGUAUACAAGCACUAGCGCAGAGCUUCCUUGAGCUCCAGCAGCAAAUCAUAAACGACAUCGACGCCUUCAUUGAAGAACGGGUGGUGCUCGCGCUGGAGACGAUCUUCGACGCAGGGGCGGAUCGUAUUCGCGACGGAGAUGUCGUAAUGACCUAUGAUGCCUCCUUCUUGGUCGAGAGUAUCUUGCUGCGAGCUGUGCAGAAACACAAACGUCGCUUUCGGGUGAUUGUUCUUGAUGCUCGACCGCGUCAUCGCGGUUGCGCGCUCGUGCAUCGUCUGCUCCAGGGUGGCGUUGCCCAGUGUACGUACGGUUUGCUUCAGGGCGCACCGAUGCUGGUUCAGGAGGCAAACCUCUUGUUGCUCGGCGCGGAAGCUUGUUUCAGCAACGGUGCGGUGCUGGCUGCAGCAGGGACGGCCAGUGUUGCCUCCCUUGCGAAGCAGGAGCGUAUUCCCGUAGCAGUUGCUUGUGAAUCGCUCAAGUUUAGCGAACGAGUCUUGAUCGAUUCAAUUUGCUUGAAUGAGCUGGGAAAUCCGGAUGAAUUGACAUGGGGCACCUGGAUGCGGCCCAAUGCUUCCCAGGUAGGUCAGAAUGGUGGCAUCCAACCACCGCUGGGUGAAGACUGGCGCGAACGCUAUCCAAAUCUGAAACUUUUGCACCUGUACUAUGAUGUGACACCAGCGGAAGCUGUAGACGCACUCAUCACGGAGUUUGGCCUCAUACCGCCGCAUGGUGUUGCCGCUGUUACCCUUGAUAUGGGGUAG